AGCCUACUUUUCUACUUCCACCAGGAAGUGUACCAGAGAGGAAACACGCAGUUGCAACUGAUUGGAUAAGGUGUGGACCAAAGAAACAAAUUUGAUCUGAAACCUGCAGCACAAUCGGCAGAGGGUAAUUGUGUGACCACCAUUCCACCAUCUCUCUGAUUUCUCCUGUGUGUGCUCUCUACCUGCUUCAGUUCCACCAUGGCCUUUGUAGUGAAUAACCUCAGACCUCUGUGUAAGCUUGGUGCUCUGACUGUCCACCAGCCGGCUUUCGGCAUGGGUGGUGUGAGGGUGUUGGCCUGUGUUCACAGAGGAAUGGCCAGCUUUAAGAAGAUUGACCUGUCUGGAGUGUUCCCACCCCUGCCUACACCGUUUAAUCAGGAUGAGACGAUCAACUAUGAACACCUCAGGAACAACGUAACAAAGUGGAAUGAGAUUGGAUUCAAAGGCUAUGUUGUGCAAGGCUCAAAUGGAGAGUACACCUACCUGAGUGAUACAGAGCGUGUUGAGUUGGUCCGGACAGUCAAGCAGGCUGCAGCUCCAGGCAAACUGAUUAUCGCUGGUUCUGGCUGUGAAUCUACCCAGGCAACCAUUGACAUGACUUGUAAGAUGGCAGAGGCAGGGGCUGAUGUUGUCAUGGUGAUCACACCUUUCUACUUCAAGGGUCGGAUGACAAGCCAGGCUUUCAAGACCCACUAUGAGAAGGUGGCAUCAGCCAGCCCUGUUCCAGUAAUCCUGUACAGUGUACCAGCCAACACUGGAGUGGACCUGCCUGCAGAUGUGGUGGUGCAACUGUCACAGCAUCCCAACAUCAUCGGCAUUAAGGACAGUGCUGGAGAUGUGACCAAGUUUGGGUCCAUGGUGCAGCACACUCAAGCCUCAGGUUUCCAGGUCCUGGCUGGGUCUGCCAGCUUCAUGCUAGGCACUUACACUGUCGGUGCAGUGGGCUGUGUGGCAGCUCUAGCAAACACUCUGGGUAAGGAGGUGUGUCAGCUGCACAAUCUUUUUAAGGAAGGGAAGAUGGAGGAGGCCAUGAAGCUUCAACACAGACUGAUAGCACCAAACUCUGCAGUGACUCGUAAGUUUGGCGUGCCUGGCCUGAAGGUUGCCAUGGACUGGUUUGGAUACUACGGCGGUCCGACUCGUUUGCCCCUCCUUCCUCUCUCUCCUGAGGAAGUGGAAAGCAUGAAGGCUGACUUCCAGAACAAUGGCUUUCUCUAGGAAACAACAGUAGCUUGUGUUACAUCUCUUCUUCUUCUUCGACAUUAGAAAAGCAAAGACUCUUAGAUACUGUUACAUCUCUUGCUAUCAGAGGUUGAUUUGGCCAUUUGGGCCUCUCUGAGAGCUUGCAAGUUGUGGCCAUACACCUCUAAUUUGAGAGAACCAUUCCCAGAACUGGAUUCUUUAUCGCUAUGAUUAAUUAAAAUCAGUCCAAUAAAAGCUCAGUAUUCUCUGUCACUAUGCAAAACAGUCAUCACUGCCUUCAAAACUAUGCUUCUCAGUCUGACAAUAAUUGUUAAAUGUUAGUACAAAAUGUACAUAUUUAUAAAACAAGAGAAUUAAGAUGUACCCAUUUCUGGUGACUUAGAGGUGUUGGCCAUCAAGCUUAUAGAAACCUGACCAAUGGAAAGGCCGCUAGAUCUAGAAGCGUGAUGUAGUCUGGCUAAACCAAAGGAAUGGGCAUAAUUGUCACUUAUGUACUACUGCAUGAGGACUGCCAUGCAUUUCCACAGCAACCACUGCAAAGUGUACCCUUUGUACCUGUGCUAUGAUCAUGAGAUGAUAAUGGCUGCUCAAUGAUAUUUUAUGACAUUUUUGAUACUUGGAUAUGGACCACUGAAGCAUAUGGUGCAUAUCUUCCAUACAUGUAUUUCCAGGAUCAAUGCAUUCUACCUUUGUGAUAUUGCAGUGAAAGCAUAGGGACAUGUAGUAUUGGAUAUGAUAGAUUGAUGCAGUUUUAUGUAAAAUAUUGCAAUAUUAUUUAGAAUUUGGCUUGUCAAGUUUCUUGGAUCAUUUAGAAUGCUUACUGAACUGAUCAUGUUUAUGUCAACAAGCAUUUCAUUAAGGAUGUGGAACUGCUGAUGUUUGGCAUCAUACAAUGAGAUGGACACAUACAAACAUUAUUUUUUUGUUUGUUUUGUUUGUUUUGUUAUUUUUGAAAUGAUGAAACGAAGAGUUGGUGAUAUUACAGAAAAUAGGUCCCCAAAGUAACUUUGGCAAGUUUUACAAAAAAGAUGCAUUGGCAAUCUAGCAAGGAGGUUAAAGUCCUUGCUUAUAGUAAGUAAAGAGUAGAAUGCAACUGUAAGAGAUGAUGCAAUGAUACUACAUUCAUUGUACAAUUAUAGUGGCCCCUGUGUUGAUAAUCAGUUUUAUGCACAUUUUAUCGUGAACUAAGCUGGCGAGGAGGUGGAAUGCAAAAGUGAAACUUUUUUAAUGAAGACUUUGCUAUGAUGCCAUUCUAGGACAUGAUGAAUUAUUGUGAGACUGUAUAACUAUAAAAUUGUAUAAUAUGAUACUGAUUAUGAAUAGCAUAUUAACAAUAUACUUGUCAUCAGAACAAGCUAAUCCAAUACCUCAAUGUACCAUUGACAACAACAAUAUUGCCAUUUGUAAAGAUUAUACAAAUGACUUUACAGCCAAUAAAGACUUGCAUGAUUAUGCAUUUCUGUUGCAGUUUUUAAUCCAUAUAAAAAGUUCCCUUGGGUCAUAUUGAUCUUUCUGUCAUUAUAUAAACAAACAUAUUUCAAUUUACAAUACUAAGAUUGCAACAACUGUAUUACUGAAGCAACAGAUGUUGCAACUUACAAUAAUGAAUUUGAUGGCUCCAUGUUUUGCCACUAUGUUUAUGUUUAUUUUUAAGUUUAUAACUUCAUGGUUGCACAUAAUGAAAUAGU